UUAACGCGAGAACAGACUGCUCCCAAUGAAUCACGAUGGAGACUAAAUAGGAGCUCUCACGGAUUUGGGAUUUUAAUUUGUUAAUUACACGAAGUUAUACUUUUAUUAGCGGCUUCGUGAACCUAUCGCUCAAAUUUCGGCAAGUAGCACUGCACAGAAACACUCGCUUGGAACAAAUUCCGAAGUGACUCUACAAGUGUUUUCAAUGAGGAAAUCGUCGGAGGCUAGCGUUAUGUAGCAAGCUAAUCUCGGUUACCCGUUGGCAAACUCACCUAGACUUAGUUAACAUUUCACAACCUCUACUAAAACACGGAACGGUAUGACCGAGUACAAGCUUGUGGUGGUCGGGGCAGGAGGUGUGGGAAAGAGCGCUCUCACCAUCCAGCUCAUCCAGAACCACUUCGUUGAUGAAUAUGAUCCAACUAUUGAGGACUCGUACAGAAAACAGGUGGUGAUCGAUGGAGAGACCUGUCUGCUGGACAUCCUGGACACUGCAGGUCAGGAGGAGUACAGUGCCAUGAGGGACCAGUACAUGAGGACAGGAGAGGGUUUCCUCUGUGUGUUUGCCAUCAACAACACAAAGUCAUUUGAGGAUGUUCACCUCUACAGAGAGCAGAUUAACAGGGUGAAGGACAGUGACAGCGUUCCCAUGGUGCUGGUGGGAAAUAAGAGUGACCUGAGUACCCGAACAGUGGAGACGCGUCAGGCACAGGAGCUGGCCCGGAGCUACGGAGUGCCAUUUGUUGAGACCUCGGCUAAAACCAGACAGGGUGUGGAGGAAGCUUUCUAUUCACUGGUAAGGGAGAUUAGAAGAUAUAAGGAAACCAACCGCAGCAACAAGAAGAGCAAGAAGAACACGCAGAGACGUUGCAUAAUACUAUAGCAAACCCCUUGCUCUCACCAGCAUUCUUUACAGCACUUGUUUCAUGCUCCCUUUCACACACUGCCCCUCUCUGGGUCACUUUGGAGACAACCAGCACACCUUCAACAGGGAUGCAGGCGUGGCAGAAACCGGUUUCCACUUACAAUAUAUAACCACAGGAUUUUCCUCUUAUUCAACCCAUCUGCAGUAAGCCUGUGAACUCGUUUUGACCACCAAACUACUAGAAUCUGCAAUUUCUAGGGGAUUUUCAGUUUCAUUGAGGUCAGCAUUUGUGAAAACCUGACUUGUUUUUAAAGAACCUGAGAACUUCUUUUGUAAACCUAAAGGCCAGUGUUCUCAGCUCCUGUAGACUUGGUUUUCACCAGUGCGACUGAGUGACGUGUCAUAAGUCCAACUGUACAUCUGACUCCUAGAAAUCAUUAUCUUACUGAUUUGAGAUACUUCUCUGACUUGUGUUUCUCAAGCAGAUUGGUUAACAUUCUGUAAGAUUUAUUUUUCAGCUAAAUACACAGCAUGCUAUUUUUUUCUUUCCAUUAUAAAAUGCUGUAAUAGAACAGAAUCAUCACAGUAACAAAAGCCUCAAAGUUGUGUUCCUACUGUAGGUGCACUUUAUUCAUUCCUGUUUGUGUUUAGUGCCAUUUCAAAGUGAAAUCAUAAAUAAUGGUGCAUUAGGAACUAAGGGAUGGCUUGCAGCUGUAUGAGGUGAUGGGCUGGUAUCUGACUCUUACCAGCAUUAAUCCACUGUUUGUUGUACACGGUUGCACUCUUUUCCCAAGUCUACUUCUGAAUGCAGUUUGUCAGUUCUAGUAGUUCAUGCUGUGCCUGUACCACAGCAUGCAGCACGUACAAAAACCCACGUGGUACUAACUACACGCCGAUGCUGUAACCAGUGUUUGACUCUCAACUGUGGUAUCUGAUCAUACUUGAUGCUGCAUAUGCAUAAUAGAUAGGAACGUUUUUUAAAUGAAUUGACUUUCAUAGUUAUUACUUGCCCUAAAUGUAAUAAAUUGUGAUGUAAUGCAUUUUAUUUUUGUAGCCUCACUAACAGCUUUACCCACCUUAAAGAUACCUGCAUUAAACUGCUGUUGGGUUACUCACAUUUUAUCAAAGGCCAAAAUACACACAUGCAUCACCUCAUAAUAAAAGUUACUCAAACUAUAAAGCAUACAUUUUGAAUUGAGCAGAACAAGUCUCUCACUGACAGUGAUGUAACUGUCUGUCUGUAAUGCACUCUGCUGUAAGAAACAAGUAAAUGUCCUUAGCUUUUA